AUGUUAGUCAGUGUCGUGGAUAUUUUUGUUUUUUAUUUGGUGACGGUUGCACAUUUGACCAACGGUGUAUUGACAACAGAAGCGCCUAGGAAUAUCCAACUAGUAACGAAUUUACAACCACCAGCCCUUAGUUAUCUUCCAACUACCGCCACGGUGUUUCCAAAACUUUCUCGACACAGUGUUUUCACCGGCCAAGCUUUGGACAAUGGGCUAGAAGAUGGAGACCCAGGUAGAGGCUUAAAGGCCGAAAGGCAAAUACAAGCCGGGUAUUCAUACCUGAAACCGUUAUUGAUCGAUCUUCAAUUACCAUUGAAAGAUCAGACGAUUAAAUCAAUCGGCGAUAAGCAAAGGUGGAGCGAAGGCCAAACUUCUGGAGCAACGGCGUUGAGGUUAGGUGAAUCAUGGCGGCCGGGAAACGAGACAAAGCUGAGGCACGAGGUCGGGUAUCGCGCUCACGUACCACACCGAUCAGCGUACAAUGUCGUGGAAGAGGUCGAUGAAUACGUGGCGGACGAUUCGGAUGAAUUGGGGCGUCGUGGGAAGGCGACGAGUCCCCAUCGUAAUUCGCAGGACAUAACGGCGGCCAUCAAAGCCCUCGAUCGCUUCCUGACCGGGGUUCUGAACGAUGAUAGUUACAACAGUGUGCUACAUCCACCGCCCAAUCCUGUUCUGGCCCUCGUCCUGUCUCGAUACGGCCGGUACGUGCCCGGAUCACGAAACUCUCGCGUGUACGCUCACAUGGCCGUAAACAAUAUACACAACAACAAGCCUUUCGGUAGUUAUAAGCUCGAGUGCGACGAAUUGCCCGUCUAUGUUACGAGAUAA